AUGGAAGUUGCAUAUCGUAUCCGGUUGAUAGUCUCAUUGAACGUGACUCGGUUUCUCUUUAAACAGGGAUUAUCUUUUCGUGGACAUGAUGAGUCAAGUAGUUCUUCAAAUCGAGGUAAUUUUCUUGAGUUGCUUCUAUGGUUUAGUGAAAUUAAUGAUGAUGUAUCCAAAACUUUGUUUACAAAUGCUCCUGCUAACAAUCAAAUGAAUUCACCACGAAUUCAAAAGGAAUUAGCAAAUGCUUGUGCUUCAGAGGUCACGCUUGCCAUAGUUAUUGAUAUUAGAGGUAAAGUUUUCACUCUUUUGGUUGAUGAGGCUCGAGACGUUUCAUUGAAGGAACAGAUGAGAGUUGUUUUAAGAUAUGUGAAUAACGAAGGAUAUGUGAUUGAGAGAUUUAUUGGGAUCGUGCAUGUAACUGACACUUCCUCUCUUACUUUGAAAUGCGCUAUUGAUGAUUUGUUGGUGAAGCAUAAUUUAUCUCUAUCUAAAGUGAGAGGGCAUGGAUAUGAUGGAGCUUCUAAUAUACAGGAUGCUACCUGUGAUAUGGUGGAAAAAAAUAUCCGUGAUGAGAAUCUCACCAACGCAGACCCUACUUAUGUAUACGUAAUGGCUGAAGACGAAGUUGUUAAGGUGUAUCGGGGAUGGAAAUGGUUCGCAAGGUCGAAGAAUCUUCGCGUGGGGGACUUAUGCAAGUUCGAGUUGAUUCUGGUAGAAGAGAACACUCUACGGGUGUCGAUUAACCGCUACAUAAUUGUUCAAGGGAUGUGGAUGACCAAAACGAAGGCCCUUUCAAGUUCAAUCACGUUUCUAGCUUUAGUUUGUCGCAUAUUGUACAACUCGACAUGA